AUGCUGGACAUACCUGAGAUCAUCACCACUGAGAUGAGCAAGACUGAGCCUGUGAUCCAGGGAUCUGACGAGCAGCUGAUGGAACAGGGAGACCAGGAACAAACCAGGGUUGCAGAAAUGCAAAUAACACCAACAGGGACAGAGAGCCCGGUGCCUGCCCCACAGAGCCCCUCAGAGGGCAGCCAGGCUGUGCUGGACAUGGCCGAGCUCAUCACCACUGACAUCCUGAGGAAGGCUGAGCUUGAGAUGCAGGGAUCCAGCCAGGAGCUGGAGGAACAGGGAGAGCUGGAACAAAGCACAGCUGCAGACUUGGAAACAGUUCCAGCAGAAGAAAACAGAGAGAGCCUGGUGUCUGCCCCACACAGCCCCUGCUCCACUGCCAGCCCCUUGGCUUCCAGCCUGGAAGUCCUGGUGGCCAGGAAGCAGGAGAACCCCCAGGCUGUUGCCCAGGAGGGGCCCAGCUCUGCCAGCAGCGUGGGCACACAGGUGGCAGCAGAGGCAGCCCGUGAGCUGCCCAGCCCAGCUCCUGCCCCGCUGACUCCCACGGAGGCCGAGCCGGCAGCUGCUGCCCCGGCCGGAGCUGCUGAGGAGGAGGAGCCCCAGGGGCCUCUGGCUCCUGAGGAGACAAAGGCAGAAGGUUCUGCAGCCUCUGGGGAGCUGGUGCCAUCAGCAGGGACACAGAGCCCGGUGCCUGCCCCACAGAGCCCCUCAGAGGGCAGCCAGGCCCUGCUGGACACAGACCAGUCCAGCAGCAGUGAAUUCCUCAGCAAGGCUAAGCUGAAGAUCCAGGGAUCUGGCCGCGAGCGGGUAGAACAGGGAGACCUGGAAGAAAGCACGGACACAGAAACAGGAACAGCAAUUACAGCAGACGGGGAAGGGAGCCCAGUCCCUGCCCCACAGAGCCCCUGCAGCCCCCCCAGCUCCUCAGCUGCCAGCCUGGAAGGCCAGGCUCUCAGGGAGCAGCAGGAGGAGGCAGAGAGGGGGUCAUUCCUGUCAGGGCAAGGCACCGAGGAGGGGGCCUUGGCUGGGGAGGGCCAAGACUGGAAAUACUAUGUUGACCAGGAGAUUUCCCAGUGGGAGGAUGAGGGAGACCAAGAGCUGUCCCCAGCAGAAAGGAAAACCUCCCAAGAAGUGUGCCAAGGGGAAGAGCGCAGGGAGCAGGAGCUGUCCCCUGGAGCAGGCAAGAGCUCCCAGGAAGUGUCCGACUGGGACGAAGACAGCGAGGAAGAGGAGCCCCAAGGAGAAGGGAAGAGCUACCAGGAAGUGUCUGACUGGGAAGAAAACCUCAAGCAAGA